AUGAGUGUUUGCUGUGUGUACGAUUGUCCGGGAAAUGACUCCCCGCAGAACAGUGGCGAAUGCAGUAGUUCCGGCAACGUUACCGCAUUUCAUCAAUUUCCUAUUGGAAACCCCGUGCGAGUAGCGGAGUGGUGCGAACUGCUUUCGAUCGAUACCGAUUCCGAUUUAGGCGGAAUGCUUGUCUGCCGUAGACAUUUUUCACCGCAGCAGUACGACUUCUCCUCAGAUAGCAAAAAUCCACUGAAAGCCGAUGCCGUUCCGGAUCGUCAUUUACCCAAGAUAGUGCGAUCGGAAACGCCUAGAACUGUGAACAAAUCGAAAGCAGCCCAGAGAAGCACGGAAGACAAGUUCAAUCCACCGGUGCUGGUGGUUAACGAUUUGGGUAAAGUUUGUCGAUUGUGUUUGGAAACGGAUGAGCAGUCAACGCAUGAGACCCUAUUUGACAAACAGGACAUUGUGGAGUUCAUUGCACAAUCGAUUGGGAUAGAGGUUGAACCAAACGAUGAAUAUCCAAAAAUGAUAUGCCAAACAUGUAUCGAAAGAGUGACAUACAUUCACCGCAGUCGUGAGUGGUUCCACAAAAAUGAUCAAUUCUUGAAGACACUGGUCGGGGAGCUUUCCAACGAAAUGGAGUUACCCCUCCCGGAACCGACCGAACAAGCGAUUCCGACAGACGAUGAAGCGCAAGAACAAGCGCCGGAAAUGUUCGAAGCAGUAGAAUUGAUCGAAUGUAAAGAAGCUGUGCUGGAGCAAAUAGCAGAAAAGCCCAGAAGGUCGCACCGCACCUCGGCCAGGAAGUCCCUAUUGCGGAUGAAACGAAAACAGCGGAAGUCGAGAAUUCCUUCCGAUUCGGAGACGGAGGAACCCUUCGAUAUUGUGGAUGCCAGAUCGGAGAUGCUGGAGCGGUGCACCAAGAUGAAGAGCAUCAACGGUCAAUACCCGUGUGACUGCGGAGUUGCUUGUAAUAGUUUGAAACGACUUCUCCGACAUAUCAUGGAUGAGCACGACAUACACGGCAAUGUUACCAUGAAGCGCGCAAAGAUAAAGGUGCCGCAGAAGAAAGCACGGGCCGAUCCGAUAGUACUGGAACAGAUGGCCGCUGUCUUCAAUGGUUUAAAGUAAAAGUAAUUGUUUAAAAAAGACCACAUUUUGAAAGUGUAGUUGCAUUGUACCAAAGAAAUUAAUUGUUAUGAGAAAACAGUACACACAAUAAAUAAGUAAAUUUUAUUCAUUACCCC